GGAAGAAGGCAGCGGCACAGUUGGGGUCACUCCAACCACAACUUCUCUCAACAACAAUUCCCAACGCCAGCGCGGCAGCAGCUACCACACCUCACCGUCACCACCGCCAGAGAUAGCGGAACAUAUAAAUUAGACCUCCCGCACAAUUCUCCACCGUGUUUUGGUGAAAAUCGGAGAAGAGGGAGAAAGAGACAGGGCGCGGCGUCGACCGGCACCGUUCGCAAAAAAAAAUGGCGGAUCAGUAUCUAACCGGUACGGUUCUCGCGGCCCUUUUCGGACUUGCCGCGGCCUACGCCUUCUUUUUCAAGAGAAGCGGCGGCGGCCGUAUUGCGAAGGGCGGGGUCAACACCACGAGCGUUGUUAACGGCGAUUCCAGAUCAAGGAAUAGCGGCCACGGCGAUGCAGACGUCAUCAUUGUCGGUGCCGGUGUUGCCGGUGCCGCCCUGGCUCACACACUCGGCAAGGACGGACGAAGGGUUCAUGUGAUUGAAAGAGAUUUGACAGAGCCUGACCGAAUUGUUGGUGAACUACUGCAACCAGGCGGUUACCUCAAGUUGAUUGAGUUAGGGCUAGAAGACUGUGUGGAAAACAUUGACGCACAAAGAGUGUUUGGAUAUGCUCUCUUCAAGGAUGGGAAGAACACCCAGCUUUCUUAUCCAUUGGAGAAGUUUCAUUCAGAUGUUUCUGGCAGGAGCUUUCAUAAUGGACGUUUCAUACAAAGAAUGAGGGAAAAAGCUGCUUCUCUUCCCAAUGUUCGAUUAGAGGAAGGAGCGGUGACAUCAUUGCUUGAAGAGGAGGGAACCAUUGUGGGGGUGCAGUAUAAGGGUAAAUCUGGUGAAGUUUUGAAAUCAUAUGCACCGUUGACUAUUGUAUGUGAUGGCUGUUUUUCGAACUUGAGACGAUCACUUUGCAGCCCCAAGGUGGAUGUGCCUUCUUGUUUUGUUGGGUUGAUCUUGGAGAACUGUCAACUUCCAUAUGAGAACCAUGGACAUGUUAUCCUUGGAGAUCCAUCACCUAUCUUGUUUUAUCCCAUUAGCAGUACUGAGAUCCGCUGUCUGGUGGAUGUUCCCGGUCAAAAGGUGCCAUCCAUUUCAAACGGCGAAAUGGCCAACUAUUUGAAGACUGUUGUCGCUCCUCAGGUUCCCGCCGAGCUCUACGAUGCAUUUAUUGCUGCUGUAGAUAAGGGCAAUAUACGAACGAUGCAGAACAAAAGCAUGCCCGCUGCUCCUCACCCUACUCCUGGGGCAUUACUAAUGGGCGAUGCUUUCAACAUGCGCCAUCCCCUGACUGGUGGGGGAAUGACCGUUGCACUGUCUGAUAUAGUCGUACUACGUAACCUUCUCAAACCUUUGCAUGAUCUUCACGAUGCACCUUCCCUCUCCAAGUAUUUGGAAUCCUUUUACACCCUUCGUAAGCCUGUGGCGUCCACGAUAAACACGCUUGCAGGUGCACUCUAUAAAGUGUUCUGCGCCUCACCUGAUCAAGCAAGAAAAGAGAUGCGUCAGGCAUGCUUUGACUAUCUAAGCCUCGGUGGGGUUUUCUCGAAUGGUCCAGUGGCUCUGCUCUCUGGUUUGAACCCUAGACCGUUGAGUCUGGUCUGCCAUUUCUUUGCGGUUGCAAUUUAUGGGGUUGGUCGUUUGCUGCUCCCUUUCCCCUCGCCCAAACGCAUGUGGAUUGGAGCAAGAUUGAUUUCAGGUGCAUCUGGGAUCAUCUUUCCUAUCAUUAAGGCAGAAGGGGUGAGACAGAUGUUCUUCCCAGCAACGGUUCCGGCUUAUUAUAGAGCUCCUCCUCCUUCUGAAUGAGCUGCCGUUUGCAGGGUUCGGGAAAAAAAACACGGAUCCGAUCGUUAUAUGUUGUAUCAUUGUCACACAUUUUCCUUUUUAUGUUUUUCUUCCCCUUCUUACACUACUAUACGAUGUGUUUGUUAUAAACAUGGAACAUUCAUUCUUUGUGCAGCAAUUGUAUUCUCUUCAAAAAAAGGUCGCCAAAUGCCCACCAUUCCUUCUUUUAUACUCCGUGAUGAAAAGAAUAAAGUGUGGUUAUUUUAGGAUGGGCAAAAAAGGCAUACUCCAAACUUUGCAAAAGACAGUAAACUUUGGUUCCAAAA